AAUGUCUCAGUAGCAUUUAUAUUUCUAGUUGUAAUAUUUUUUUUUGGUCUGUGUUUUGUUCUAAUUACAAUAACUCUCGUGAAUAUAAAUUAAACUUACGCCGCAAUGUCAUUUACAGGUUUUAGUGAAGAAGAUUUAAAACGAAUUAAAUCUAAUCAAACUACUGUUAAUAAUGAAGUUCCCAUCAGUACAUCAACCAUCAAGAAAAUAGAAAAACUUGGUACAAAAUCAAAAAGAACAACCAAUUCAUAUAAAUCCCUUAAUCUACAAAAACAGACAUCUGACGAAGCAAUUGAUGAUAUAGAUUUUAAGAAGUGUAAACUUAGUUUACAGAUUUCUUCAGCCAUAUUACAAGAAUCAGAAUUUGCACAAACUGAAAAAGAAGAUUGUGUUCAAUCAGAUUUAGUUAACUUUAAUGAGACUUGUACAGAUUUGAACAUGGAACAUGAACAAACAAUUGACAUACAAAAGAAUGAUUCUAGUAAUGAUUUGAGGAAGUGCAGCACUAGCAGCACCCCAGAUAUUGUAAGAGGGGUGACAGAUUAUACAGAAGAUGAAUUAGCUGCUCACAGAAUGAAACUAGAAGAGUUGCAGUUGAAGCAAAAAAUUAUGGAGGAACAGAAUAAAAAAAGAAAAGAAAUGCUGGCUAAAGCUCUUGCUGAUAGGACAAAACAAACUGAAGAAGAAGUUUUGAGAUUAGAGAAGAUAAAAAAAGAACUUCAAGUAUUAGAUGGUCAGUUCUCUCACGAUGUUGCAGUACUGCGGAAGAAAAUUGAUCAAGCAUGUUUAAGUUUUGCAGAAGCAGAAAAACAUUACUUAAGGGUUGAAAAAGAUUUUCUCCAAGCUAAAAUUAGUUUACAAAAAGAGAAAGAGAAGAAGGAAUUGCUUACAGAGCAUCUAUGUGCUUUAAUAACACACAAUGAAACAAGAAAAGCGCAAAAACUAGAAACUCUCAUGUUGGAACUUGCCAGUGAUAAGAAAAUAGAUAUAAAUGACUUAUCGAGAUCUAUGGAAGAUGAAGAGCCUAUAAUUGUAGAUGGAGUGGACCAAAGGACUGGUAAGAUUGUUGAAAUGCCAGUUGAAAGUUGAAAUAAAACUUAGUUUUUUUAGCUAAGGCAUACUGGCCAUUAGUUGAUAUAAGAAUUGAGUGAGAUAUCAAAAGAAUAUUGUCAUGAAAUUCAAAUAAUUUUACCAUGUAGUUUUUACACUGCAGACAAGUGUUUCUUAGCCUUUCUAAGUCUUCCCUAAUAAAUCACAUUUCAAGCACCCCCUUAAUGAUAUUUAUUUUUAAUACAAAAAAUGUUUCCUUUGAGUCUAUGUCUUGCUAGGAAUAUGGUGUGGAAUUAAAGAACAUUAUUUUAUUCCUGAAAAAUAUUUUAGUUUAUUUGAACUGCUUUAUUACAUUAUUAGUACUGCUUUCUUGCAUCUAUUAUGUAUAGGGAUGAUAUUAUUAUUAAUAAUAAUAAUCUUUAUCAUAUAAAGUAGGAAUAUUACAAUUAUUUUUAGUUAAUUUACAAAAAUAUGUAUCAACUUAUUAUUGAUUUAUAAGAGGUAGAGAUUUUAGUGGUAUUUUUAUGAUUAUUAAAUGGUCCAAAUGGGACUGCUUACCCCCAAACAUGUAACGCAUCCUCCCCUCAUCCCCCUGCUUACUUCCCAUAGACCACAGGUUAAGAAACACUGCUGUAGAUCAUCACAUGUUUUCAAACUAAACUUAACAGUCUACAACUAUUAGUUAUGUCAAUACUACAGUACCACAAACUUAUUAUAUCUCGUUUCUAUUAGUCAACGUGCAGUGUAGUUUUAAAUUUAAAUUUAUGUGGUUUAUCUUCAUUGGUCAGUCAUUAGUUUAGUGGCCAAUAAAAUGAGCCCAUAGAUAAAUUAUCCAUUAGUUAACUAAAUAUUGUUUUUGUGUUAGCAACACUAAUAUAGGGUAAUCUUAAUGGAUAAUGUGGCCAGUUCAAAAUCCUACUCAAUUUAUAGUUUAAUUAUAAGUGUAAUUGUAACUGAGUGGUCUAUUUUCAAAGCCUACUAUUUUUUUUUGUGUCAACUUCUUAAAUAGUAUUAAUAUUAUGUAAGCAUAAUAAAAGGUUAAUUUGAUAUUAAGACUAAUAGAUGUCAAUAGUGGCCUAUUAUAAUGACCCAAUUGUUUACAAUUGUUUAUAAAGAGUUUUGAUAAAAACUCAUUGGUGAAUUUAAAAAAGAAAUGCAUACAAUUAUUUAUUUAUAGCCCAAAUCCAUUUUCAGGGGGUUCUCAAAGGUUUUAGAAGGUUUUGAAAGUAGAACCUUAAUUGAAGAUAUUAGGGAUUAUGAUACUUUAUUUUAUAUAACAGUGAACACUACAUCGAAUUCCAAAUAUAUUGUGGUGCAAUUACCUAUAAAUAGGUCAGUAUUUAUUUUUAUAUUUGUAUGUGCCUUACAACUUGUACCUUUUGUUAAACAUAGGUGCAGUAAAUUAAUAUUAGUAUAAUAAGUAUUUAAUUAUUAGAUUAAGUUUAUUAAAAUUUCUUAUAAAAAUAUAACAAAGAUAAAAUAUUGUUCUACUAUUUAUAACCAUGUUAGUUCAAAUUGAGCUGCUCAAGCACAAAGGGACAAAUUAAAAGAUAUCUCUACAUAACAUGAACAUUUAAUAUAAUUGUAAAUAAUAAACUGACAUUAUUUUUCAUAGUACUUUAUUAUUUUAACAUUUCAAAAUAUAUAUUAACACUUUAGAAACAAUAACACCAAAUAUUAAUGGGGAUAUUUACAAAUUAAUUAGAAGCAUCCAUGUUUUUCCUUGUUUAUGGGGCUUUAUGAAAUGUGGCAUAUGCAAAUUUGAAGUAUCUUUUGAAAUACUCUUUGAAUGCCGAAGGGUUGUUAUAACUAUUAAUUAACGGUAUCAUCUUUCAUAUACAAUGAAUGAUAGCAUAAUUCACAAUAAUUUAC